AUGAAAGUUUUGGUGGCGGGUGCUGCGGGAUUUAUUGGCUCUCACACCGUGCUGGAGCUGCUGGAAGCCGGGCACGAAGUGUUCGCGUUUGACAACUUCUACAAUUCUGUGGAAGGUAAUGAGCUUUAAAUUGGAUGAGAAGGUUUUUGAGACCAAAUAAUCACCAAAUUAUAUUAUUUUAGACGCUGACGGUCAGGCCGCGAGUUUAAAAAGAGUCACCGAGCUGACAGGAAAAGAGAUUCGGUUCCAAAAAUUGGACUUGUUGAAGCCAGAGGAGUUGGAGCCAGUUUUCGCAGCCGAAAAGUUCGAUGCUGUCAUUCAUUUGGCCGCUCUGAAGGCUGUCGGAGAAUCGGUUCAAAAGCCAUUGGACUACUAUACCAAUAAUAUUGUGGGGUCCCUCAAUCUGAUCAAGGUGUGUUAAAGGCUCUAAAAAUCUCUGAAAUUUUCUUGAAAAGUUUAUUUUUCAAUCUUCAGCUAUGCAAAAAGUACAACGUCAAAAAGUUCCUCUUCUCCAGCUCGGCUACCGUAUACGGUAACCCCGAAAAACUCCCUCUAACGGAGGACUGUUCGACUGGAAGUGGGAUUACUAAUCCCUAUGGUCAAACCAAAUAUAUGGUGGAGCAGAUCUUGAAGGAUGAGGCCAUUUCCGACCCAUCUUGGCAGAUCAUUCUCCUCCGAUAUUUCAAUCCAGUCGGAGCUCAUCCAAGUGGAAGAAUCGGCGAAGAUCCUCGCGGAAUCCCCAACAAUUUGAUGCCUUAUGUCUCCCAGGUACGGUUGCUGUAAUUUUCGGCGAAUAUUUUGAAUUUUAGGUAGCUAUUGGCAAACUCCCUGUAUUAACCAUAUAUGGAGACAAAUUCGAGACCCGAGAUGGCACCGGAAUCCGCGAUUAUAUCCAUAUUGUGGACUUGGCCAAAGGUCAUGUGGCCGCUCUCAACAGAUUCACGGCUUCGGACUCUCAACCGGUCGAGAUUUAUAAUCUGGGAACGGGAAAUGGAUACUCGGUCAAGGAGAUGGUCACCGGAAUGGAGAAGGCCUCGGGCAGAAAGAUCAACACCAAAGUGGGAGUGCCAAGAGUUGGAGAUGUCGCUGAGGUCUAUUGUGAUCCCAAACUGGCUCAAGAAAAGUUGGGAUGGAAAGCGGAACUGGGACUGGAUGAGAUGUGCAGAGAUCUCUGGAAUUGGCAAUCGAAUAAUCCCACUGGAUAUCAAAAAGAAUAA